UGCGACGGUAUGGCGGAGGAGGAAGCUGGGGUCUUCCCAUACUACCGCGUUGUAUUCAACACAUCCGACUACCAUGAUGCAUACGACGAGUUGCAGCGUCUGUCGGACGAGGUGCUCACACGUCUGGCCAGCAGCAGUACGACCACUGACGCAGACGACCCUCUCCUACCCGCACACGACCUCCAACACCCGCCCACAACGUUACAAGAGGCGUCGACUUCCCCUCUCUCCCUGGUCUACAACCUGACCAGCGGACUCGACCUGGGACUCAACUGGUCGAGUCCGCCCCUUGUGCCUUGUGUCGACAUCUCCAGCGCCGCCGCUAACUGCUCCAGCGUCUUCGACCUCGACAGUCUACCGCUCGACCUCCUCAACGGGUCCUCAUCCUCAGGACCCACCUUCGGUGUCGACUUCAACGGGUCUUUAGACGCCCUCGGCGAUGGGUAUAAUGACGGGGAUUAUACCUCUUACACAGAUGUUCUGAUAGUCUCUCUCACAAACUUUUCCGAUUGUCUCCCGGAGGUGGUACUGAUUCGCCGGGUGGCUGGCUUCCUUCCUCGCCACUUGAUGGGCAACCUGAUGGUCAUGAUUCUUCAAAGUUGACAAACAACUGCGACAAUUCAGCACUAUUUCUUGUUUCCCCUAGCAGUGGUUGACAUCACUAUCAGGCUGGUCUCCAUGCCUUUCUUCACCCUCUACACUCUGAUGGGUUACUGGCCUCUGGGACCUCUGGUUUGCGACACUUGGCUCGCCCUCGACUACCUGGCCUCCAACGCCUCGGUCCUCAACCUACUCAUCAUCUCCUUCGAUCGGUACUUCAGUGUGACGCGACCACUGACCUACAGGGCCAAAAGAACAACGAGAAGAGCAGCUGUGAUGAUUGGGUCAGCCUGGAUCAUCUCGCUCAUACUGUGGCCACCUUGGAUAUACUCAUGGCCGUAUAUAGAGGGCCACAGGACGGUGCCGGCGGGUGAGUGCUACAUCCAGUUUAUUGAGACUAACGAGUAUGUGACCUUCGGUACUGCCAUCGCUGCCUUCUACUUGCCUGUCACUGUCAUGUGUGGCCUCUACUGGAGGAUCUGGAGGGAGACAGAGAAGAGACAGAAGGAUCUGACCAACCUGCAGGCGGGCAAGAAGGAUCCCAGUAAGAGAUCCAACUCCAGACCAGGUCUUCCCAUCCUCCCAGACCCUACCAGCUUCACAGACACAGCCGUCUCGCGCAGCGAGGCAGAGGAGGUAGUGGAGCCUGAGGACUGGAGGAGGCAGAGAUCAGAGUCUUCAACAGCUAUGGAUGAGAUUGAAACGACGUAUGUUCCCACAGCCAUGGUCAUCGAGAACACCAAGUAUGCUUCCCAGGGUCGGUCUGGUAGUGCCGGCUGCUGCCGCGGAUUAGCGUCCUGCAUUAAGCGCACAGUGGACCGAGAUGAUGCAAGUAGUCAAGCCGGUGGACAUCGUUCAGGGUUCAGUACCUCUGGGUACCACACUCCCGGGUACCAUACCCCGGGUUACAACACGCCAGGCUCCACGGAGACUACCCUGCCAUCGUCAGUGUCUCGCUGUACCUCUCUUAACUACAUCCGCGAGCCUCUCACCGUCACACCGACCAGGUAUCGCCAGAAUUCCAUGAUUCCUCUAGUGGAGAGGGCCGAGCGACCCGACCACCAUACCUACCAUCACCACCAUGGUACCUCCGCCACACUCCCGCGGGCAGAGAGUACCUUAGGAGUGGGAGCUGCGGGGCGCAACCAGAUGUUGGGAGGACGUCUACAGGCUCGCUCUCACUCCUCAGACUCCGUUUAUACCAUCUUGAUCCGCCUUCCUCAUGACCCGUCACAAGACGGUCCUCUCAACCCUCCCUCCAUCCUCAUGAUCGAGGAGGAAGGGCAGGAUGGGAGCGGGACUAACGCGGGUCACAGAUUGAGGUUUGACAGGGGGACGUCCCCUCUUGCCCGCCGGGGGGACUCCGUCUGUUCAGACCCCAGCGGACAGUCUACCAGAGUGGAGUGUUCCCUGCACCCGGGGGGACCUGAAGGUACUUCCCCGACCCCUAAUCGCAGAACGUCCCAUGCCCCUGAUAUUAAGAUUCCCCUCAAUGCCAAAAUCAUUCCGAAGCAACUGGCCAAGAACUCUGGCACCGGGAGUGGCAACUCUGGCGGAGGCGCCGCUGGUGCUGGCACCAACGCCGGAGCAACAGUGCCAGGGAAGAAGAAGAAAAAGAAAAAGAGCCAAGAGAAGAAGCAAGAUCGUAAAGCAGCCAAGACUCUGUCGGCCAUCUUACUGACGUUCAUUGUGACGUGGACACCUUACAACGUGUUGGUUCUCCUCAAGACUGUGUUAGCUUGCAAAGCUGACGACUGUAUUCCCCGCCAGUUGUGGGACUUUUCCUACUACUUAUGUUACAUCAACUCCACCAUCAACCCCAUGUGCUACGCCCUCUGUAACGCCGCCUUCAGGAGGACCUACGUUAGAAUCUUAACUUGCAAGUGGCACAGUCGUCGCAAGCAAGGUGUACAGCGAGGAUACUACAGCUGAGGACGUCUUACUCGCCGCCUGGCAAGGGCCACCUACCAGUUGCUCUUCCUUCUUCACCUACACUGGCUGGCCAGCAUAUGAUCUUCUCUGUACCUCGCUUCAACUUCACUCACCACGGGCACUCGAUGCCAUGCCACAGGUCAUACUGCAUCAUACUGCUGUGCCCAGACACUUCACUUCCACGAGAAACAUGAAAAGUACCGAAAGGAAGAGCUGAUUUAUCCAAAAAUUUCAUUUUACUUAGUUCGCAGUCUAAGGCAGAAUAUUUGUGAACUAAAAACGAAAAAAAAACAAUUCUGGAACUGCUCACUACACAAAUGCUGCAACACUUUAUGUAGGCUACCUACCACUUACGAAUCACAUUGUUAUACCUUUCCUUACCCUAUAAAACGCAAUGGAUCACAUUCUUCAACACCUUAGGCUCUGGAGCACAGAAAUUGAGAAGGUUGCACAGUGUUGCUUGACGCUGACGCAGGUAACAGCAACCCUACUAAACAGGCCCCAGGUAUUGCUUGUAUAAAGCAGGUCAGAGAGCAGACAAUCAGUCACGUUCAGUUUACAUUUUUCCCUGACUGAACCUGAUGAUUCAAAACGUUAACAAGACCUUAAACAGUCUAACAAAUCUGACUCACGUUUCGCUCACAUAUCAGUAAGACUUCACUCAUACGAACAACGUUUUUACGCUCAACAUUCGAUCCAUCAUAUCAGAAUAUGUAUUCAGUAUCCACAGUUCGCCUCAACUCACCAUUCCAUCACACUGGAACACCAGCCGGGUCUGGAGGGGUAACAAAAAUAAAAUUAUUUUUCACAGAUUAUCUACAUUAUUUUGGGUUACGAAACAAGUUAAGAAUUUUCUAUGUCUUGACUCAUAGAAAAAACUGAUGACCAAACCUAUAAAUUAAAUAAUAUUUAUAAAAAAAACAGGCGUUCUUAGGGGAAAAUAUCAAAAAAAAUUAAAAUACUGACGUGGAAAGUGACUGGUGUAUGUCACACGAGCUGAGUAUGCCCGGGUGUAUGUUAGGAGUGUAUGUGUGUUUGUAUGUGAUCGGGGGCACUAGUAUAUGUGUUUGUGUGUAUAAGGGAUUAGGUGUAUAAGAAUGUGUGUGUGUGUGUGUGUGUGUAUACCUGUGUGUACGCCUAUCUUCAUGUGUGUGUGUAUGCAUAUGCCCGUGCGCGCGUUUAUACAUUCUAUGCAUCUUCGUGCGCAUUGAAGCAGACACACAGACGUAUACCAGAGACACACACGGGAAGCUGGUCGGUAACAAGCACAAGAUGACAGUAAUAGCACCUACGUUAGUAACACGUCAGACCAGCUGUGAUCUUCACAACACCUGCCCCAGUAACACGUCAGACCAGCUGUGAUCUUCACAACACCUGCCCUAGUAACACAUCAGACCAGCUGUGAUCUUCACAACACCUGCCCUAGUAACACAUCAGACCAGCUGUGAUCUUCACAACACCUGCCCCAGUAACACAUCAGACCAGCUGUGAUCUUCACAACACCUGCCCCAGUAACACAUCAGACCAGCUGUGAUCUUCACAACACCUGCCCCAGUAACACAUCAGACCAGCUGUGAUCUUCACAACACCUGCCCUAGUAACACAUCAGACCAGCUGUGAUCUUCACAACACCUGCCCUAGUAACACAUCAGACCAGCUGUGAUCUUCACAACACCUGCCCCAGUAACACAUCAGACCAGCUGUGAUCUUCACAACACCUGCCCCAGUAACACAUCAGACCAGCUGUGAUCUUCACAACACCUGCCCCAGUAACACAUCAGACCAGCUGUGAUCUUCACAACACCUGCCCUAGUAACACAUCAGACCAGCUGUGAUCUUCACAACACCUGCCCCAGUAACACGUCAGACCAGCUGUGAUCUUCACAACACCUGCCCCAGUAACACAUCAGACCAGCUGUGACCUUCACAACACCUGCCCCAGUAACACAUCAGACCAGCUGUGAUCUUCCGAACACCUGCCCCAGUAACACAUCAGACCAGCUGUGAUCUUCACAACACCUGCCCCAGUAACACAUCAGACCAGCUGUGAUCUUCAGGGUAACACUCAGCCUUGACAGAGUCAGGGGAAUCUCCACUAUAUCUUAGUAUGGGUCGUUCACCACAGGUGAACAAGAGGAACAGCAGAACGAUAUCUUUUCCAUACAUAGAGCGUCGAGUUUAUUUUUUCGUGUGUUUAUAGUGGGAAUUUUGGAGCCACUUAACACAGUGCUGUAGCCAGAAGCUGUGGUCAGGCCCAGAAAGUUAAUGGUGAAGUCAACAUUAAGUUGACCUCUUUCAGACCUAUUUAUAUUUUUAAUAAGGUUGCUGACCAACGGAGAGUGAGUUUUUUAUAUAAAACGACUUUGAUCAUUGCAUCUGCAGUGCCAACCACUUAAGUAAUGAGUGGAACUACGUGAUAAGUAGAAUCAGCGAAGGGAAUAGUUUAGUUAUGGCUUGAAAAUGGGUUUGACAAAUAUGUAGGAAGAAAGGUUAGGUUAGGUCAGGUUUGUUAGGAAACAAGACAAGUGUUUCAUGAUGCAGCUAGAGCUUUUGGUCAUUUGACCGAGGCCUUCCGCUGGCUCACCCCUCCACCCCUUUAAAAAUUACGGUUAUAAGUU